CCGGUGGGUGGGGGCUGCUGUGGUGAGCGGCUGCCGGACUGAGGGGCGGGCGGGCAGGCGCCAUCCGGGAACCUCGGCGAGGGGAGGGGCGCCCGGCUCCAUCAGCCGCUCCUUCGCUCCCGCCUGCCGUGGCCCGCCCGGCCCAGCCGCCCCCUCCUGCUCCAUGGGGCAGCAGCGGCGUGGGCCGCCGGCCGUGGCUGCGUCGCGCUGAGCAGGGAGCCUCCCGGCCUCCGCCACCGCCAGCACCGCUACGGGGACGCCGACGAGGAGGUGGCCGGAGAAGGAGCGGAGGAGGCCAUGGCGGAAAACUUACUGGAGGGGCCGCCCAACGCGAAGCGGCCCAAACUGAACUCGCCGGGCUUCUCCGCCUCGGACGCCACAGAUUUUGAACCUCUGUUUGACUUGGAAAAUGAUCUUCCUGACGAGCUGAUCCCUAACGGAGAACUGAAUCUUUUAAACAGCAGUGGGAACCUUAUUCAAGAUGCAGCUUCCAAACACAAGCAACUUUCUGAACUUCUGAGGGGAGGCAGUAGCUCUUCUCUCAACCCAGGAAUUGGGACCGUGAACUCCAGCAGCCCUGUCCCACAAGGAGUCAACAGCCAAGUCCAGGGACAGCUGAACAGCGUCAAUAUUAGCAGCCUGGGUGUUAUGGGCAAGAAUCCCUUAAACCAGGGGGAUAAUGCGGCAUCAAAUCUGGCAAAGCAGUCAGUCAGCACAUCUGGGCCCAACACUCCAGCUACUCAGGCCCUGAACUCCCAAGCACAAAAACAAAUGGGGAUGGUGGCAAACAGCCCAGCAACCUCCCAGACAGCAACUGGGAUGUGUAUGAACACUGGCUUCAGCCAGGCUCAUCCAGGUCUUCUCAACAGUAACUCUGGCCACAGUUUAAUGAAUCAGGCCCAGCAAGGACAAGGGCAGGUAAUGAAUGGAUCUCUUGGAGCAGCUGGAAGAGGCCGAGGUGUCGGAAUGCAGUAUUCUGCCCCCACCAUGCAAGGGGGUGCAAGCAGUGUGCUGGCAGAGACCUUGACACAAGUGUCUCCUCAAAUGACAGGUCACACUGGCCUGAACACAGCCCAAGCAGGAGCCGUGGCAAAAAUGGGAAUGACCAGUAACCCAAGCCCCUUCGCACAGCCAUUUAGUCAAACUGGAGGGCAGCAGAUGGGAACAGCAGGAGUCAACCCUCCAUUACCAAAUAAGCCAGGCAUGGCAAAUAGUUUGUCUCCUUUUCCUUCAGACAUCAAGAGUGUUUCAGUUACCAGUGUGCCAAAUAUGUCUCAAAUGCAAACGCAAGUGCAGCAGGUGGGAAUUGUGCCAACGCAGGCAAUGGCGGCAGGGCCAACAGCAGAUCCCGAGAAGCGCAAACUUAUCCAGCAGCAAUUGGUUUUGCUACUUCAUGCUCACAAGUGUCAGAGGAGAGAGCAAGCCAAUGGAGAGGUGCGGGCAUGUGCUCUUCCCCACUGCCGAACCAUGAAAAAUGUCCUCAAUCAUAUGACACAUUGUCAAGCUGGAAAGGCCUGUCAAGUUGCCCAUUGUGCAUCAUCACGUCAAAUCAUAUCCCACUGGAAGAAUUGUACACGGCAUGAUUGUCCUGUGUGUCUCCCACUGAAAAACGCUAGUGACAAGAGAAACCAGCAACCACUCCUUGGAUCCCCAGUUGGUGGAAUCCAGAAUUCUAUUGCCUCUGGAACAGGCCAGCAAACACCUGCUUCUUUAAGCAACCCUAACCCCAUUGACCCCAGUUCCAUGCAGCGAGCCUAUGCUGCUCUUGGGCUGCCCUAUGGCAAUCAGCCACAGCAGGCGCCAUUGCAGCCACAAGUACAAGGCCAGCAACCUGCCCAACCUCAGACCCAUCAGCAAAUGAGGACCAUAAAUGCACUAGGAACUAAUCAAAUAAAUCUGGCAGCUGGAGGAAUAACAGACCAACAAGCUAGCAUGAUCUCAGAAACUGCUCUUCCAACUUCACUUGGGGCAGCAAACCCCUUAAUGAAUGAUGGCACAAAUUCUGGCAGUGUUGGAAAUCUCAGUGGCUCAAUGCCAACAGCUGCGCCACCUUCAAGUACUGGGGUGAGGAAAGCCUGGCAUGAGCAUGUCACUCAGGAUCUGCGCAAUCACUUAGUACACAAACUCGUGCAAGCUAUCUUUCCAACUCCUGACCCAGCAGCACUGAAAGAUCGCCGGAUGGAGAAUCUGGUAGCUUAUGCUAGGAAAGUGGAAGGGGAUAUGUACGAAUCAGCUAACAGUAGGGAUGAAUAUUACCAUUUACUGGCAGAGAAAAUAUAUAAAAUACAAAAGGAGCUAGAAGAAAAGAGGAGGUCUCGUUUACAUAAGCAAGGGAUCUUGGGUAAUCAGCCAGCAUUGCAGGCCCCUGGGACUCAGCCUCCUGGCAUUCCGCAGGUGGCAGCAACCGUGGGACAAGCCCAGCCUGUGAGGCCUCCCAAUGGGCCAAUGUCAAUGCCAAAUGUGCCUGUGAGCCGCAUGCAGGGGUCUCAAGGGAAUGUCCAAAUGUCCCAGGCAUCGAUAGGACCCCGUACAACUCCUCCAAUGAGCCAUCCCGUCCAGAUGAACAACAUGGGAUCCAUUUCUACGAUGGCUCUGUCUCCUUCCCGGAUGCCUCAGUCACAGAACAUGAUAGCAGCUCAUUCCAGCAAUGUGAUGGGUCAGGCCUCUACCCAAAACCAGUUUCUGACGCAGAAUCAGUUUCCUGCAUCCAGUGGAACUUUGAAUGUAAACAGUGUAGCUAUGGGGCCAUCAGCAGCACAGGCAGGAGUAUCACAGCAGGGGCAAGUUCCUGGUGCUGCUCUUCCUAACCCUGUGAAUAUGCUAGGACCACAAAGUAGCCAGCAGCUCUCCUGUCCUCCAGUGACCCAGCCAUCCCUGCAUCAGCCUGCACCUCCUUCUCUAUCCACUGUGGUGGCUGGCGCACCACCUAUUCAGCACCAAACCCCACCAGGAAUGACUCCUCCACAGCCAGCAGUGCCUGCCCAGCCAUCCACACCAGUCUCCUCCUCGGGACAAACCCCCACUCCAGCAGCUGGCUGUGUUCCAAAUGCCACACAGGUGCAAAACACACCUUCGGGGCAAGCAGCAGCACAGGCCCAGGUCACACCGCAGCCUCAGACUCCAGUCCAGCCCCCAUCUGUGCCAACCCCACAGCUUUCGCAGCAGCAGCCAAUGUCUGCCCAGGCCCCUGGCACUCCGCUGUCCCAAACAGCAGCAAGUAUCGACAACAGGGUGCCUUCGCCAGGCUCUGCUGCCAGUGCCGAUGUUAAUGCUCAGCAACUUGGUCAUGAGACACAAAUGCAAGAGAGUAAACCGGAAGUGCAGACUGAAAAAGCAGAGUCAGAAUGUGGUGAAACUCAACUGGAUCCAAAGUCUGAGGUGGAGGAGGACAUACCAGGCCCUACACAAACCAAAGAAGAAACAAAUGGGGUGGAGAUCAAGCAGGAGCCAAUGGAGGUAGAGGGGGGGAAAACUGAGAUAAAAGAGGAAGAGGACAGUGGCAAUAAUGGUGUCACUUCACAGUCCACGUCACCAUCUCAGCCACGUAAAAAGAUCUUUAAGCCUGAAGAGCUGCGGCAGGCACUGAUGCCCACCCUGGAAGCGUUGUAUCGUCAGGACCCAGAGUCUCUCCCUUUCAGGCAGCCUGUGGAUCCUCAGCUCCUGGGUAUCCCGGAUUAUUUUGAUAUUGUGAAGAAUCCCAUGGAUCUUUCUACAAUAAAGCGCAAGUUGGACACCGGGCAGUACCAAGAGCCGUGGCAGUACGUGGAUGAUGUCUGGCUAAUGUUCAAUAAUGCUUGGCUUUAUAAUCGCAAGACGUCACGAGUCUAUAAAUUUUGCACUAAGCUUGCCGAGGUCUUUGAACAAGAAAUUGACCCUGUUAUGCAGUCCUUGGGCUACUGUUGUGGACGCAAGUAUGAAUUUUCUCCUCAGACCUUGUGCUGCUAUGGCAAACAGUUGUGUACCAUUCCCCGGGAUGCUGCCUACUACAGUUACCAGAAUAGGUAUCACUUCUGUGAGAGAUGUUUCACUGAAAUCCAGGGGGGAAACGUUACCCUUGGUGAUGACCCUGCCCAGCCACAAACAACAAUAUCGAAAGAUCAGUUUGAGAAGAAGAAAAAUGAUACACUAGAUCCAGAGCCCUUUGUGGAUUGCAAAGAAUGUGGCCGGAAGAUGCAUCAGAUAUGUGUGUUACAUUAUGACAUUAUUUGGCCUUCAGGCUUUGUGUGUGACAACUGCUUGAAGAAAACUGGUCGAACACGCAAAGAAAAUAAAUUCAGUGCCAAAAGGUUACAGACCACACGCUUAGGAAACCAUUUGGAAGAGAGAGUAAACAAAUUUUUGCGACGGCAGAAUCACCCAGAAGCUGGGGAGGUCUUUGUGAGAGUAGUAGCCAGCUCAGAUAAAACAGUGGAAGUGAAACCAGGGAUGAAAUCCAGAUUUGUAGACUCUCGUGAGAUGGCCGAAGCCUUUCCAUACCGAACAAAGGCUCUCUUUGCUUUUGAAGAGAUCGAUGGCGUGGACGUGUGUUUCUUUGGGAUGCAUGUGCAGGAAUAUGGGUGGGAUUGUCCACCCCCAAAUACCAGGCGUGUUUACAUCUCCUACUUAGAUAGUAUUCAUUUCUUCCGCCCAAGAUGCCUCCGAACUGCAGUUUAUCAUGAAAUCCUUAUUGGAUAUCUGGAAUAUGUCAAGAAACUAGGGUACGUGACAGGCCAUAUAUGGGCCUGCCCACCGAGUGAGGGUGAUGACUACAUCUUCCACUGUCACCCUCCUGAUCAGAAAAUCCCCAAACCCAAGCGUCUGCAGGAGUGGUACAAGAAGAUGCUGGACAAGGCCUUUGCGGAAAGGAUCAUUCAUGAUUACAAGGACAUCUUCAAACAAGCAACUGAGGAUCGACUCACAAGUGCCAAGGAACUGCCUUACUUUGAGGGUGACUUUUGGCCCAAUGUGCUAGAAGAGAGCAUCAAGGAGCUGGAACAAGAAGAAGAGGAAAGAAAAAAAGAAGAAAGCACAGCAGCUAGCGAAACAACAGAGUCUAGCAGACACAAGGGAAGAAAAGAAAACACAGGCACUCGUCUAGAUGCAAAUCCAAACAUCAGAGGGCAAGAAGGGACUCUUCUUCUUCUUCAUCUGUGUCUGACUCCUCCCCAGGCAGAUCUCAUUCCCUUCAAGCCUCCUUUGCUGGGGAGCCAAGGAGACAGCAAGACCGCCAAGAAGAAGAACAACAAGAAAACCAACAAGAAUAAGAGCAGCAUCAGCAGAGCCAACAAGAAGAAGCCUGCCUUGCCCAGCGUCUCCAGUGACCUCUCUCAGAAGCUCUAUGCCACCAUGGAGAAGCAUAAGGAGGUCUUUUUUGUGAUCCACUUGCAUGCUGGACCCGUCAUCAACACGCUGCCCCCCAUCGUGGAUCCGGAUCCACUGCUUAGCUGUGAUCUGAUGGAUGGCCGUGAUGCCUUCCUCACAUUAGCCAGGGACAAGCACUGGGAGUUUUCUUCACUACGCCGCUCCAAGUGGUCCACGUUAUGUAUGCUUGUGGAACUGCACACCCAAGGACAGGAUCGUUUUGUGUACACAUGCAAUGAGUGCAAACACCACGUGGAAACGAGGUGGCAUUGCACAGUCUGCGAGGAUUACGACCUCUGCAUUAACUGCUACAAUACCAAGAGCCAUGAACACAAGAUGGUGAAGUGGGGCUUGGGCCUAGAUGAUGAUAGCAACAGUCAAGGAGAACAGCAGUCCAAGAGUCCCCAGGAAUCUCGUCGCCUUAGCAUCCAGCGCUGCAUUCAGUCCUUAGUGCACGCUUGUCAAUGCCGCAAUGCAAACUGUUCGCUGCCGUCCUGCCAGAAGAUGAAGCGGGUUGUCCAGCACACCAAGGGCUGCAAGCGCAAGACCAACGGAGGCUGCCCUGUGUGCAAGCAACUGAUAGCCCUUUGCUGCUACCAUGCUAAACACUGCCAAGAGAACAAAUGCCCAGUGCCAUUCUGCCUCAACAUCAAACACAAACUCCGUCAGCAGCAGAUCCAACACCGACUGCAGCAGGCACAGUUGAUACGCCGCAGGAUGGCAACCAUGACCACCCGAAAUGUGCCUCAGCAGAAUUUGCCUUCUCCUACCUCAGCCACGCCUGGGACCCCGACACAGCAGCCAAGCACCCCCCAGACACCCCAGCCGCCACCCCAGCCCUCCCCUGUCAAUAUGUCACCAGCUGGUUUUCCUGCAGGGGCAAGGACUCAACCCCCUCCUUCCAUUCCAACUGGCAAACCUGCCACGCAGGUGGCUGCGCCCCCACAGCCUGCCCAGCCUCCCCCAGGAGCUGUGGAAGCAGCCCGGCAGAUUGAAAUAGAAGCUGCACAGCAGCAGCAACAGCAACAGCAGCAGCAGCAGCAGCAAUUCUACAGGGUCAGCAGCAACGGCUUGCCUCCUGCCCGGGUGAGCCCAGCUGUAGGAGCUGUGAACCCCAUGCAGCAGGUUGGCAUGAAUGUACCCCGGCCAAACUCAGCGAGUGGCCCCGUGAUGUCCAGCAUGCAGACUGGGCAGUGGCAGGCCGCUCCAAUGCCCCAGCAGCAGUCCCUGCAGCCAGGAAUGCCAAGGCCGGUCAUGCCCAUCCAAGGUCAGCAAACUGUGCCUGGUCCAAGGAUGCCAGGUGUACAGCAGCCACCCCGCAGCAUUCCCCCCAACGCUUUGCAGGAGUUACUGCGGACCUUGAAGUCUCCCAGCUCCCCACAGCAGCAGCAGCAGGUGCUCAAUAUUCUGAAAUCCAACCCUCAGCUCAUGGCAGCUUUUAUCAAGCAAAGAACAGCCAAAUACGUAGCAAACCAGCCUGGCAUUCAGCCCCAGCCUCAGUCUACGCUGCAGCCGCCACAGCAGCCGCCGCCGCCACCACAGCCAGGACCCUUGCAUGCUCAGUCUGGUUUGCAGAACAUGAGUGCAAUGCAGACAGGCGUCCAGCGCCCUGGUGUUCCCCUCCAACAGCCAGGAAUGGGAGGCUUGAACACCCAGGGCCAAUCAAUCAAUAUCAUGAACCCAGCCCACAACCCUAGCAUGGCCAACAUGAGCCCUCAGUAUAGGGAGAUCCUGAGAAGGCAAUUGCUGCAGCAGCAAGGAGGCGCUGGUUUGGCAGCUCACAAUCAGUUCCAGCAGCCCCAAGGCCCUGGAGGCUAUUCUCAAGCCAUGCAGCAGCAGCAGCGGAUGCCACAACAGCAUCUCUCAAUCCAAGCAGGGGCCAUGGGCCAAAUGGCUCAGCUGGGACAGCUGAACCAAAUGGGGCAGCCUGGCGUAGGAGCCGACGGCAGCCCCAGUAUCCAGCAAGCUCUACAGCAGAGGCUCCUGCAGCAGCAGCAGCAACAGAUCAAGCAGCAACUGGGUUCUCCCGGCCAGGCCAACCCCAUGAGCCCUCAGCAGCAUCUGCUCUCAGGACAAGCCACAGCGUCUCACCUCCCUAGCCAACAGAUCAGCACCUCCCUCAGCAGCCAGGUCCGGUCACCUGCGCCUGUGCAGUCCCCCCGGCCCCAGUCCCAGCCGCCACAUUCCAGCCCAUCCCCCAGGAUCCAGCCCUCCCCUCACCACACCUCACCACAAACUGGCUCCCCCCACCCAGGGCUCGCUGUCACGAUGGCAAGCUCCAUGGAUCAGGGACACCUGGGCAACCCAGAACAGAGUGCAAUGCUUCCCCAGCUCAACCCACCCAGCAGGAAUGUGCUACCCAAUGAAUUAUCCCUGGUGGGCGACACUACAGGAGGGGACACAUUAGAAAAGUUUGUGGAGGGUUUGUAGCAUUGUGGGAGCCUUGGCUUAGUCCUCCUCGUAUCCCUGGACAUCUUGUUCUGAAAACACAGACUUCUAGACCUUGAGUGAAACCCUACAUGGGACUGGUUCAUCCUUCAACCAGGCAAGGAUGAGUUACUGUUUAAAAACAAAGUAUAUAUUUUUUGUUAAAACUGCCCAGGUGUGGUUAAAAUACCUGGUCUUUUUGUUGUUGUUCUUGUGGGGUUUUUUUAGUUGUUACUGUUUAUUGACUUUGCUUUUUUAAAGGGGAGAACAAGUCCAUUAUAUUCAUAUUUUUAUUUGUACUUUCAAGACUAAGCAUUUGUGUUUAACAGAGAAGAAAAAUAAUACUCAGAAAUGGAUUCCUGAAAUGUUGCAACAUUCUAAUGUAUCCUGCUAACUUUCUGGCAUUUGGCAGAAAGAUUUUUUAAUUAUAUAGUGAACUCUGCAGGUAUCUUGAAGUAUUAUUGCCCCUGGAAAAGAUAGGAACUGACCGCUGCAUACACAUACACACAUUACAUGUGUUGCAGAUGUAGAAAUUGUUGCUUUGUUUCUCUGAGAAAAACUGGUUUUAGAUUUACAAAUAAAAAAAUAGGGAUGAUCACUUCUUAGGCCAUGCUAAUUUUAAUAGGGAAGAAGCAUAUUCUUUAAUUCUUUGAUGUGAAACUUGAAAUGAGGAAAAGCAAUUAUAGUGUAAAUCAUGCAAGCUCUAGAAUUACUAUAAAUAUGAAAAAUGCAAGAAGAUUCAAUCACUGUAUAGAAUGGGGGGGAAACAAACUCAUUUCUUACUUCUAUACCAUAUUGUUAAAUAAACUGUGCAACAGACAAAGGGUGGUCCUUGAAUUCAUGUACAUGGUAUUAACUUAGUGUUUGGAUUUUUUGUUAUGAAAAAUGCUGUUUUCAACAUUGUAUUUGGACUAUGCAUGUCUUUUUCCAUUGUAUAUAAAGUAUUGCUUAAAAGUGAUAUAAAUUACUGAAGUUUUUAACAUGUAUUCUGUUCUUUAAAAUCCAUGUAAGAAUGUUUAAGGUUUCUAUUUAUUUAUAUAUAUUUUGGAUCAUGUUAUUUGUAAGACACAUGGCUAAUUAGUCACUCAUUUACAUAGACCCAGCUGGUGGUACCUUGCAAACAGCAUCUCUGGUCUACAGAGCCCUUCCUUCUGUGUGCCUAUGCCAGGGAUAAAGAAAAGCAGUGAUAUACGUUUCCCAUUCAUUUCAUAUGGGAGCUAUUCAUUUGUAAGAGUUAUGGGGAAUAAAUUAUUAACAUUUGCUUUAAAAAUAAUUUAGACAAGGAUCACCAAUUGGGAGUUAAAACAUCAAUUUUAGGCUCCACUUUAGAUAUUUCCCAAUUUGAAAUCAAAGGACGGAAUCAAGAGCUUUCGGUGCAGUAACUGAUGUGAUCAUAGCUGUGUGUGCCCGUUCUCUCUUCUCUUCCAUAAUUGAGAAGCCAGUACUACUGGUACAUUCUGCUGAGUUAAGGCCCUAGUGAGCGCCCUGUUCUGCCUCGUAUAUUGAAUCCAAAUUAUAACAUUUUUGGUCAGGGAAUGACAUGUGUCUCUCCUACUCCCAUAAAAGAUGUUGGCUUGUGCUGAACAUUUGACACUCUGUUUUGAAAGUGAAAUAAGUGCUUCCUUAUAUAUAUUUUUUGUUAAGUUGAUGUAACAAUCCAAACACACAACUGUUUCCCAGUGCUAACUGAAGCAGUAGUGUAGCCUGAUUUUCAAAGUUGUUAAAAGUUGUAGUCUCCUCCCCUGUAACAGUAUUCAGCAAGCAAGAUGUGAGUCUGGGCUCUGGUUAGUGAGUACAAAUCCCCAGGACAUGUUUAAAUGAAAAAGGAUGAAAAGCCCUAAUACUGUGUCAUAUUGUAUACGUAAAAAGAAAAGUAAAAACCUAUAUUUGUGAUCAAAAAGAGAAGAAACUUGAAAUGUGCUGGUGUUUCUAAUAAAGCUGGUAAAAAUGCUUGAAGGAUGGUUCCAACUGGCUCAGUGCCCUGUUAGGCUAAGUGGAAACGUGUAGGCAGCUCACUGUUCCAAGCGCUGCGUUUUGCUUGGCUUUUGAAGUGGAAUGUACACCAGCUGUUUACUUACGUGUGACCGACUUUUCUCUAAACAGAGUAUUGCCAGCCUUUCUAGAUAAAGCACCCAGCAGCAGCCUAUGGCACUUUAACCUAGCCAAGUUACAGCAGCACAGCCUUUCCCAGGAUGCAAGACGAGGCGCUGGAGCUGCCUCAGUCCCACAUAAGCUUUCUCCUUUCAGAUGCCUGCCCUUUUAUUCUGCAAGAGUGGGCAGUUGCUUGCUUUGCACUGCUUGACAAGUUUGCAUUUUCUAUGGCAUCCAUCAUAUUCCUGCCAAGUUGUUCUCAUAAUUAAGGUUCCUGUGCAUUCCCCCCCCCAACUUUCAUUCACCCCAAGUAAUUCUUUUUAGUUGUGACUACAUACACACACCUAAGUGUAUUUGAUGCAUAUUGCCAGAACAUGCUUCUGCAUAAAAAUUUUUAGGAGUAGGGUGAAAAAAAUAAAUUUAGGUGCAUCAUCAGUUGUCCCCAAAAAUCUUCACCAGCCUUUUAAUCAAUAAACACAUUUCUGCAUGUUCUAUAUAACAUCACUGCUAGAUGAAGUUAAAGCCUGCAACUAAGUGCCAACGUGUGGUGUCCUUGCAUAGAGAGAGAGAUCACAGCCUUGCAUUAUACAACUUACACAAAAUACUCUUCCUGUGAUGCAAGAAGUGGCAGUUGGGCAAAACUCAAUCGACUCUUGUGCUAGAAGAAGCACACGAAUGCAUGACUGAAACGGUAAUACAUCCUGAGCUAACUACACUCUUCUCCUUGGGAUACACCUAGCAAAUGAAAGAAUGGCUGCACAAGCAUAGCCAACAGACAAGACUGUCUUUUCUGUGGGUGUAAGUUAAAAACCAAAACUGGGACAGAAUAUGUUUCAGUAUUUACAAAAGGCAGAAGCCUCAUGCAAAAAAAAAAACACACCUAAAAUGUUAAAGAAAUACUUUACGCCAAAUGAACCUCUUGAAAACUGUUGAAGGUCCUGGCAGACCACUUAAAGGUUUUUCUGUUGUGAUUGCAAUGGGUUGUGCUAUAGGUUUUUUAAUUGUAUUUUUGCAGACAUGCCACAGACCAUCUGACUGAAGCUCGUGGAUCAUUGGUGGUCCACAGAACAGUUUGGGAACCCCUGCUUUAGAGUAAGCUUAAGCCAGCUCAUUGUGUUUUUUAAAAAAUGCAUUUUCAUAUGAUCCGUUCAUUAGCUAAGCCAUUAUCCUCUGGUUUAUUGGUUUCUGGACCACAGUGGGACAAAUGCUUUCAACUCCAUUUUUCUUACACAGGAGCAGCUAGAAAAACAAGCACCAAUUAUUCAUCCCUUGCACCAAAAGUGGCCUUGGGCUCCAGAUCACUACACUAAACUCCAGGCCGGCCAGCAAAACAUCUGGAAGGCAGUGAUGGCAGUUUCAUCCUAAAUAUGGGAAGGGCAUCUUGAAGGAUCCUUCUUAUUCAGUAUCCCUCUCUCUUGGUGUCACUCACUGUUGUGAGAUAUUUUUAUUACAUAGACAUGUUAAACGCACCUGUUUAAAACUUGAAUACAUUCUAGAAAUUCACGCUGGUAGACAGGGGCACUCAAGCCCUAGGAAAACAAGGUGCUGGAGAGCCUGAAUCUAGGCCAGAGAAAACAGAGGGAGAUUAUGCUGCUACUAUACUAUUACUGUAAGCACUUGGCUGCCUUGAAGCAACCACAACGAGAAUCAGCAAGUGUCAUCCUUGCUUACCCAAACUGGUCCUGGGACAUUUGGACUGACUACAGGAGCAGCUCUUUUCUCCCAAAGCAAAGCUACGCUCAGAGAGACCAACCCUCCUGCACAGCUCAGUCCCAAUACAUAAUCCAGAAGGGAUGAUCCAAGUCAUCACAGCCACACCUCUUCCAGGGAACAAGCAGGCUGGAGCAAAGGGAAAAUAUGAGCAGAAAAAGGAUCAGCAGCUGCACGGAAAGUCAAAAGGACACCAGCAGCGUUUCUGCCAUGAAGACCCUGAUGCUGCCAUCUCUUAGAAGUAUCUCAGAACCGCCGUCUCCCCUUUUUGGGGGGCCUCUGUAAAUGGUGCUGCUUCUCUCGCCGGGCUUCUGCAGUGGUAAAGGUAAUGCAGUGAGCAUCAAGGAAGUCCACCAGGUUGCCCAUAGCAAUCUUGAUGCCAUUUUGCUUCAGUUCUGCCUGCAGCCCAGCCAGCUCAAUGGGCCGAUACAGCAAGAUCUGGCGACACAGAGAAGGCUUCGAAUGGAUAUAGUGCUGCAAGGCUUCAUGGGCUGCAGCCUGAGUCUCCGGGACAUGCUCCUCUUCCUCCUCAGUAAGCAUGCUAACCUCAGCUGAAAAACUGGAAGGGAGAAAAAGAAGUCAGAGAAUCCCUUGAGUGCCCUUCUCUAGCCCUUGGCAAGAAGUCAGGAACGCAACACAGCUCUGGCCACAGGCCUGGAAUGCCACAAAGGAAACACAGGAAGCUUCCUUACACAAUCGGAAUACUGAUCCAGCUAGCUCAGUGCUGCCGCCACUGACUGAGAACGGCUCUCCAGGGUGCCCAGACAGGAGUAUCUCCCACCCACCUGGAUACAACGAGGACUGGGCGUGGGACCUUCUGCACACACAGCAGAUGCUAUGACACUGAACAAAGCCCUUCCCAAGCCUGUGCAAUAAGCGCCUUCCAAGGCAGUAGCAAUAAGGAUCCAGUCUGUGUAGUCCAAUGCCACAGGAGUGCAAAUCAAAAACUCCAGUGUGGCUCUUGGUACACAGAUCAGCUUCCUAAGCAUCAUUUUUAUUUAUUUUUUGAGAAGAUUCUAGCCCUUCUACAUAAGCCUAUGUUUGAAAGUCUGAACAACAGCUGCUGAGAGCUCAGUGGGCAGAAGGGUAGCUGAAGGGGGUGGGAAGCUUCUGAACUCCUUCCCAUUUGAUAGCAAAAUAAGAAUAUGUCGAGAGGGAGAUGCUCAUUAGUUCAAAGGGGUGAUAGAAGCUGGCUUUUUGACAGCAGUAGAAUUGCCUGGGCAUAGAAUUUACUUGCUAGUACAGAGGCCAGAUAGCCCAGAUCAAUUUCAGUUCCUGCCCAGAGGGAACCAGGCACGAAUGAAUACCCUCCCCUAAACCAGCCUUGUACCUCUGUGAUGCUACAGAAGCCGCCUCACUGUCAGUCCCUGAAGACCCAGCUGAUUCCUGAGAAGCUCUAUUUGCUGAGCCAUGGGGGCUCCCUGCUGGAGAUGAAGCAGUCUCCUUCGGCCACCCUGAACAGCGUGGCUCAGCCAUCUGCCCAAGGCCCCAAUCGCCUCCCUCAGGAUUCCUGAAGCUACUGACAGUUUGGCGCCCCUGAACCAUCAAGCGGGGCUCAGGAAAUCCUGGCAGUUGCUUCUGAGUGGUGUUGGAGGCAACUGCCAAUUUAGGCUUUCUCAAGACUGGCUGUGCUGGGCUGUGAUGCAGAGCCUGUUCCUGGGAAUUGCUUCUCGCCCUUUGGUGAGUGUACUGGAAUAUCUCCUUCAGCUUCAAUACCAUCUGCCGCUUUGGGAGAGCACGGACUCCAAACCUGGGACAAAAAGGCAGAAGGUCACAGUGGAAAACUGCCGUGUCUCCUAAGUGGCCUCCUUACCAUUUACUCUGCAGCAAUUCUCCCUGCAGAAGCAGCUCAGCCCUCGCCUGCCAGCACCAACCUGCUCAGCUCCUCCUUUAGCUUUGGGGUCUCCAUGACUGAGUAUGACGGCAUUGGGGUCUGUGGAGCUGUGCACAGCGUUUCCUUGACCCGGCAGGCAAGAUCUGUUAAAAGAACAAGUUGGAUACAAUCACUGCAGCAAAAGGUCCACUAGGGCAAUUACAAAGCUCCACUGAUGCCCGUCGUUGCCUUGGGUUUGCCAGUGGCUAAAGCUCCUAUCGCCACAAUAUCCAGUAAGAUAUACACAUCCCCAUAAUUGCACAACCAAUUUCUAAAGCACCUGAAGGGUCAGCAAAACAUCAGAACGCUAUCUUGGAAGCACAUUUCACUAGAAGGCCAAGGCAGGAACAGAGUUUAAAAAUGCUUCCUGUCUUCACCCUGGCCCACAGAUGAGGAAACCUCCAGAUGUUGCUGGAUGGAAACUCCCACUAUACCUGACCGUUGGCUCUUCCGGUUGAGGCUAAUGUCAGCUGGAGUCCAGCAACAUCUGGAAGACCACAGGUUUCCCCAUCUAGAGGUAUGCGGGGGGGGGAGAUGGACGGCUGCUUACUUUACUUGCUGCGGCAACUGAGGAGCGGUCAAAGCAAGAUGGGACUCGGCCAACUUCAAGGCUUCUGUUUAUGUGCCUGAGCGUGGUAUUUCAUACAUAGACAACAGGCUUGACAGUGAGGUCACAGGAGCAGAGGAUGCCAAAACCAGUUGUUGGUUCCAUCUGUUUUUACUUCAUGAUGCUCUUGGCACAGCUGCCAAUCAGAAUAAGAACCAAGAGAACAGAACCCCAUGCCAAUUGCUGCCCCAAUUGCUGGUUCAGAGCAGCCGCUUACCUGGACUGUUUUGAACAGGCCCUGCAGCAGACACUCCCAGGGUGAGAGGAAGGGCACUGCUGUUGUGAGAAGUUUCUUCAGUCAAGUCAUCACAGUCCCGCCUGCUGCCCCCUGAUGAAUCUGCACUUCUCUGCGCCACAUGACUCCCAGCAGGAGGGCCGUCAUCCCGCCCUCCCAAAGCUUGUGGUGGAGUCAAGAGUUGCUUUUUGGCAUAUGCUGUAAUAGGAAGAACGCUGCCAACAGCCUCCUCCAAAAUGGGUGGCUCCUCCCCUGGCACAACGGAGGCACUCCAUGGCAAAGGUGCUCCUGCUUCCAACUCCUCUUCACUAUCGUACACAACCACCACAUGGCCGCUGCCGGGCGGGCUGUUGCCAGCGGAAAGCAAGCCCUUCAGAGACUCUCUUGCUGGAAAAAGGCUUGUGGCCUUGCUGGGAGUGGGUUGGCUCGCCGCAGUCUCUCCAGUCCAUUGCUCUUCUGACGGAGGCUUCACGGUGGGCUGUGUGUUGUUGCACCCAUUCCUGCCCAGUGGAGGCGUGUCUGGCACGAGCGUCUUCCCUCCCUCCCUCCAACUCAAGCAUUCAUCCCAGUUGUCUUCUUCAUCACUGCUCAGCCUUAAAAGCUGCUGCCCCUGACCCUGAGGAACUGCUUCACCACAAACGAACACCCCCAGCAAAGGUUCCCCAGGGCCCAAUGAGUGUGGGGGCAGCCUCUGGCAACUGGGCACAUCUGCACCCAGGCUCAGCUUACAUUCAGAAGCCCCUGACUGUUGUCCAGAAAGGCUGGGUUCAGUGAAGGAAAAUGCAACAUCCACCUGCUCCUUCCCUUGCUCCCGCUCCACCUCUUCAUCAGAAUCCAAGACCACAAUAAGGCUAUCGUCCCAGUUCACACUGAGAGAUGGAGUUGAGCCACCUAUUGGCUUCUCUGGAUUGCUGUGUGGAUCCACACUCUUGCCCUGUGCACAUUCCUGCUCACUGUUCUGAGAGGAAGAGAGCCUACGAAGCGUGCUUGGCUGUGAUUCAGAUGGAAAACGUGAGAGAACUUCUGAGGGGUCUCUGGAACAUUUUGUCCUCAAUUUGGGAGACGAUACCAGGGGCAAAACAGACACAUGCAUACCAAGGUCCCUGGAACACCCCCUCAGUGUUGACCCAAGUUCUUUCUGUGACUCUGGGCCCUGGAAGAGGCUGGGAAAUUUUUGAGCUCCAGGACCUUUGCUGACCAGGCUAACAUUCAGCUGUGUGGCACUUUGGCUCUGCUGGAAGAGCUCAGAACACUCCCCCUGUGUGACAGAAAAGAGGCCCCCGGACUUCUCGUGGAGUUCCAAAUUUUCCUUGGCCACCCCAAGCAGAGACUUCGUUCGGGGCUGUCUUCUGGUGGUUGCUCCAAGAGGGUUUGUCUCGCUGGUGUCUUGCUCAGGCUCAAAAGGAGGUCUUCUUAAGUCCACUUGGCUACCGGCAUCACAGACUUUCCACGGGGGUAGUUCAAGGUGAAGGUUUCCUUUGCGUUCUGUAACAGCCAUGUCUGCCGAAGGCUCCUGCAGCACCUUCCUUGGGGAGGUGCCAUGAUGGACCACCUGUCCUUUCCCUGCACUCUGCUUGCUCUCACUGCUUGCUCUCUGCUUCUCUGCCCCAUCUUGAGCAGCUUUUCCCUGGGUGGCAGCAAACUCAUAGAUCUCCUCUAGUUCCUGCUCUCCUACGGUCUCAAGGUCUGUUUUCUCUUGUUGUCUACAUUUCAGCAAAGCUUCUUCAUCUUCAUCCAGCCACAUGGACUUCAAGAGUUCCUCAAAGGUCUCAGCUCUGACUUCACCCUCCUCUUCCUCAGAUACAGUAAUGCCAGAUUGACUUCCACACAGAUCAGCCAAUUCAGUCACUCCAAACCUGCAACAAUUUAAGUACACGUGAAUGCAUCUCCACCUCUGCCUACCACAACUCAGCGCAGAAAACAAGAGUGCCUGUGUCAAGCUUCACAACCGGCAGCCGGAUGGCAUCCUGCCAACACCACAGAAAAACAUCUAGCUUGGAAACCCUCUGAAGCAGCAACAUACAGACCUCGUGGCCAGAGCAGCCACUUCUGACAGCACAUGGCGAGGAAGUGAGUGGUCAGCUGUGUAGAGGUACUUCAGGAACAGAGCAACGGCUUCCCCUGGCACAUCGUUCAGCAGCACACGGCGGGUCUGAGCACCCCCUUCUUCGGCCACUGUGAUACCUUUGUGGUCAGCCUGGCAUGGGAUGGGGGAAAGAAGCAGAGACCUCUGAAGCAGUCACCAGAAUCCAUCGUCAGCAGGUUGUUUCAAACAUUACUUCUCCCAUGCAGAAGCUGUCAAUAAGGAGACAUCCCAGGGUGUUACGCUGACCCACGACUGCCACCACAGACUGACUUUUUAGUGGCUUCUGCAUAGUGUGAACCCUGUGCAGAGGAACGCCAGCCAAGCAAUCUCUUUCCUGGCCAGCUUCGGUCUUGAAGUGCAACAGCAAGUUGCUCCUUCACACAACAGCAAAAUCUCCCUGACACGUUCUCUUCUCAAGCCUGGCAACCUGGCUAAAGCUUCAUGUCUCAAUCCUACCUCACCUUCCUCCACAGCAGAACUACACUCCUCCUUUUCUAAAGGUCAGGCUCUCUCAUCAUUUCUUGCAAACCUCUUCCAUUCAUUCUUGCCUCUUUGCCUAAACGCCUCUGUUCUGCUCCUCAGUGCAAUCAUGUCAUUCCUUCUGUAUAGGACUCUCAUUCAGUGAGCUACUGCCUGCUGGCUGGGGAGUGUGACUACUUGGUGCUGCACAGAGCAGACCCUUCCCUCCAGGGUUUCCACAGCUGCAGCGCCUCCUGUUGUCUUCCAGCAGCUGCUUUUGAGCUAGAAAACCCCCAAAGGCAGACCGACAGGGACAGGCAAUACUGCUUGGCCUCCAUGGGGCUCAGGCGGCUCUGCGCAGCCAACAUUAGGAGGAUGUUUCAUUCAAAGGGAAUGUUUCACCACUUGCCUUAAAGCCCACAGGACGAAGCAGAUUAAGAAUUCCGGGCCAGAGUAAUUAACAAGAAAAUCCUUUCAUUUUAAAAUGGGGAGUGGAAUGCACAUUUAUACAAACACUCCACUCUCUCACUUACCAUUUCCAUAAGCUGUGGACACCGUGCGUAAAGCACAAACAUGUGGGCAUAGAGGAUCUCCCCACUGUCCACCUGGAACUGAAUGUCACUCAGAUGGGGGUUGUUAACCAUCGCCCUGAAGGCAUCAGCCAAUGAGCCAAGUAGGAGCUAGGAGAGAGAGAGAGAGAAUGAAUGUAUCUGAAUGAAUAUCCAUGCUCCCCUUCCUUCACACCCUGCUUAAUGGGAGGGUUCAAACUCCUCUCUAGAAAUCAGCUGGAAAACAAGAGUUUGAGAAAGGUCUCUGGGGGGCUUAAGUCUACCCCUACCUGCCAAAGGUCUUCGCAUGCCAUGUUUUCAGCAAAAGCUACCAACAUACUUGGGCUGGAAACAUUUUUUGUUGUGGGAGGCUGAGACGUCAGGAUUCCCCUCAUGCUCCAUGGCCCAGCCUACAUGUGCACUGGCUGCCUUACAAGGGGCUGGAGAGAUUUCCACUCUGUUUCAGGGAAUUCUCUCUUUCUUAAUCAUCAGCUGAGCUGCAGAAUUCUUAAUUAAUACCAUGCCAUCCAUCCAACAAAAAACAGGGAUUUACCAUUUGACAACAGCUUCUUUGCAGCAGCUGCUUCUCUAGUGGCUGGACAAAAUUGCUCUUCAGGACACCACCAAGAACCUGAUCUUGACCUCAAUCAAGAAAAAAGAAUACACAAAGCCAAAGGAAAGAGUUUUAAUUUCCUGCUCUGAGUCAUACGAAUCCCUGCAAUGGACGUUGAUUAUCCUGGUGAAAUCUAACCCCUGCAUGGAUAUAUCUCCAGAGGGCAUGGAUCUAGCUCCAAGCUCAGCUAAGUGCUAAUCAAAACCAUUCUACAAAAGGAAAUCCUCACCGGACCCCUCCAGCUGCUGAACAUCCAGGUUCCACUGGGUGAGGGUGAGCCCUUCUCCAGCCAGCUCCACAAGAUCCUGCAGAGUCUCAACAUCUUUCAGGCUGCAAGCAUGCUUCUCCCUUUCACCUCCAGGGCUGCCCUCUUGAGUCUCUCCAUAGAGUCUUCCUCGGAGAAGUCCAGCAUCAGAGAACCCUUGCUCCAUCUCUGUUGGCCUGCCGGGUCCCAGUGCUGGUUUCUGGAAAAGUAGAUGAAUCACAGGUAGCACAUGGCAUAUUUAUUUAGAUUUAUAGUGUCAAGAACGCCUGGUUUCUAAAAUGGUUCUGAGGCAAGGAAUUGUGGGGAAAACAUCUUGCCUGAAAAGGGGCCUCUGUGAAGGCCAUGAGUUUGCAGUUCCCACAGCUGAAGCUAGUUAAUUAGGCUACCAGCAAGAACACCUGCUUAUCAGUGGAAACUGGUACUUCAAGGCCAAGCAGCCUGAGAGAAAGCUCCCUGAUUGGCUAAUUAAUUCCUGGCUGUUGCUGGGCGUUUUUCCAUAAGAAUAGGAUUCAGACCUUAGUCUUUGUUCCCCAAUGUUCUCCUAUGGUUGCUGAUGCUACCUUGGGGGGAGGGGUGGUCCAUCUUCUAUCUGCUAUUCAGGCUAUACAUCUCUGGGGAGAUGUGGAACCAUGAAGUCAUUUUGCUGUUUACCUUUACUGUAAGUAUAGAUUAGGCUGGACAGUUUUGUUAAUUUUAUCUAUAACUGUAAGUCUCUGUAUUUUACCUAGCUCUCAGGGGUGUAGAUUUUAAGGAACUAUUUUGCUGCUAUAU